CUUUACUCAUAAAACGUUCGAACAGACUCAGGUUCCGUCAGAGGUCGGCGCUCAGUCACCGCCUCACAUUCACACUGCAGUUCACAGAGAAAAGAAAUCAAAGUAGAGGAAAUAGUGAGACAAAAUGAAAUACAUAAUCGUCUUGGUGUCGCUGGUUUGGGCGGCGAGUGCUAAACCAAGUCUCGAUUAUGACCAUAUUUUCCAGGGAGUGGUGAACGAGUUGCAGGGGGCAGAGCUGGAUGAGUUUUUCAAGCUUUUCGUCAAAGAAGAAAUGAUGGACUAUCUACAGACAGUGCCACCUUCUCUGUCACGAUCUGUUGAUUUCCUAAUGAGCAUCCCGUGUGUGCACUGCAUGAAAAACUACCUCCGGUGCAAGAGUGUGUGUAAUCAGUUGGGUCUGGAGUCGAACGUCUUCUUCUUUGACCAGUUCGCCUGCUUAUCAGUGUGUUGGCAGAGAGUGGUCUCGUGCUGUGUCGCCUCUUCACGCAGCACAGUUCAGCUCUUCGAAGAAAAUGCGCAGAGUGUAGAUAACAAUGGUACUAGUAAGCGUGAAGCACACUCUUAAUUCAAUAUCAUUUUAGCGUUGUUUAAACACUUAAUGCCCAUGAGAGUCAAGUGCUAUCGCCAUUUUUUUUUAUUUUUUUCGUAAUAUCAAAUAUGAUAAUGGUACUUCUUCUGUUUGCCAUGUUUGUAUUUGCUUAUACAUAAAUACUUAAACGGU